CCACGUCCCCGUACUUCCCCUGUCUCAGGUGACUUUGUUUGCUCAGUGUGCCACAAGCUCUUCCCUCUACAACGCAUGUUAACCCGCCACUUGAAGUGCCACAGCUUGGUGAAGAGGCAUCCUUGUCGGUUCUGUGGCAAAGGAUUCAAUGAUACCUUCGACCUAAAGAGACAUAUGCGAACACACACAGGUAUCCGUCCCUACAAGUGUGAGCUGUGUGAGAAAGCUUUCACACAGCGUUGCUCUCUGGAGUCGCAUAUGAGAAAGAUUCAUGGCGUACAUCAGCAGUAUGCUUACCGCCAGAGACGCUCCAAGAUCUUUGUAUGUGAGGAUUGUGGUUAUACAUCAAGCCGGCCUGAUGAGUACUUCCUCCAUGUGAGACAAUGCCACCCUGGCAGCCCUGCUCUCCGCAGGUACUACCGUCGUCAGGCUCAUGAGAACAGCACCUUUCCAUCAGAAGAUCGUAAACUCAGUCCCUAUUUGCUCUACCCAGCCUCUGCAUACUACAUGUAG